GUAGCGACGCCCUCCCUCCCAGCCGAGCCGAGCAGGUGCGUAUGGGGGUUGUCUUGCUUUGCCCUGACAAUUAACAGGGCAGACGAACGAGUUAGGUACCUACGGACGCAAAGGGGAUGACGAUGACGAUAACGGUGUCGGGACGAAAGAAAAGGAAAAGAAAGCGCUUGCUCUUGAGAACGAGAGAUAGAGAGAUAGAGAGAGAGAACCACCAAAAGCAAGAGACCAUACGAUUACACACACACACACACAUACACUACGCCAGCCAGCCAGCCACCUAUCCAUCGUCUAUUAACCUCCCGACCCGUCCAUCCAUCCAUCUGUCCCUCUGUCCCUCUGUCCAAGCAACCAAGCACGCAAGCAAGCUAUGCCAUGCCGUACAUCCAUCACGCAUCCCAGUGCAUCGCAGCGCAUCUCGCAUAUACAUGCAUGCAUGCAGCCGAAGCCGAGCGCACGCGUCUUCAUCUUUCCUUCCUUUCCUAAUCCGCCACCCCACCACAUAACUCCAUUUUAACCCCCCAUCUCACUCUCUCACCCAUUCCCUUUCUCAUCCCCAUCCCCAUCCCCACCCCACCCCGCUCAAAACAACCAC